UUCAAUAUCACUAAACAAAUUUUGUUAUACCUUUUUCCGUCUUCCACCUAUCUAUGUAUAUACAAUCCCUCCCUCCGAUUCCACACCCACCUUCCUUCUCUUUCACUACCCAUACUUACAUUCUCUAAAAACCUAUGCCAGAAGAAGCCCAUCUUAUAUUUUGUUUCUUAUCUCUGUGAGUCCCUGUUUGUUUCUUACCCACUUUUCAGGCUCACCCAUAUCUUCUUCUUCUUCAACAAGUGUUCUUUUCCCCUUUCAGUAACGCACAAUCUUUAAUUAAAAGCUCACCACAAUUCUCUCACCUUUAUAAUAAUUCACUUGUCUGUCUACACUUGUAUUUUUAUAUUAGUGAGAAGUUCUUGCUCUUACAUUGUUUGUAAUGUUUUCAUGUUUUUUGAGUUUUCCCCUUUGAUGGAUAGCUUUUGUUGUUGUUGUGCUUUUCGGUGAAUUCUACGAUUUUUAUUGUCUGUCGGAAAUGGCCUCUGUUCUAAGGUUUAGGAAACUAUGCUAUGUAGAGUCAGCGGUUAAGUGUACUUCAGUGGGGUAUGAAUCUUUUGAGAUUGAUGAAAAACUCGACGAGAAGGAAGAGGAUGUCCUUUCUGCUAACCACUUUGCCUUGGAAAUCAACAAGAAGAGAAAACAACCUAAGAGGCAACCAAAAGAAUGGAGGUGCUUAGAUUCUUGCUGUUGGAUUAUUGGUUACCUUUGCACCACUUGGUGGCUCCUUUUGUUCUGCUACCACUGCUUGCCGGUUACAUUGCUUCGGGUUCCUGAAUUACCGGGCCCCGGAGUGAGGCUUAAGCGUGAAGGCUUGACGGCCCUUCACCCUGUCGUUUUAGUCCCUGGCAUUGUCACCGGUGGCCUAGAGCUUUGGGAAGGCAGGCCUUGUGCCGAUGGUCUGUUUCGUAAACGCCUUUGGGGUGGUGGUAGCUUCACUCAGAUCUUCAAAAGGCCUUUGUGUUUGUUGGAGCACUUGUCUUUGCACUAUGAAACUGGCCUUGACCCACAAGGAAUCCGAGUUCGUGCUGUUCCGGGGCUGGUUGGAGCCGACUAUUUUGCUCCUGGAUAUUUCGUGUGGGCUGUUCUCAUUGAAAAUUUGGCGAAAAUCGGCUAUGAGGGCAAAAAUUUGCAUAUGGCUGCUUAUGAUUGGAGGCUAUCUUUCCAGAAUACAGAGCAGAUUCGGGACCAUGCUCUUACUAGGCUGAAAAGUAAAAUUGAGCUAAUGUAUAUAAGCAAUGGGUAUAAGAAAGUGGUAGCGGUGCCCCAUUCCAUGGGGGUCAUCUAUUUUCUUCACUUCCUUAAAUGGGUUGAAACACCUCCUCCUAUGGGGGGCGGUGGUGGUCCAGGUUGGUGUGCCAAGCACAUCAAGGCCGUCAUGAACAUUGGUCCUGCGUUUCUCGGUGUUCCAAAGGCUGUUAGUAAUUUGUUCUCUGCUGAGGGCAAAGAUGUUUCUUACAUCAGAGCUAUGGCUCCGGGAGUUUUCGAUUCCGAGAUUUUGGGCCUUCAAACAUUUGAACGUGUCAUGCGGAUGGCUCGGACAUGGGACUCCAUCGUGUCAUUGCUGCCUAAAGGUGGAGAGGUCAUUUGGGGAAACAUGGACCGGUCUCCUGAAGAAGGUCAUGUUUGUGACUUCUCCAAGAAAAGCCAUUCUAAGACCUCUCUAACCACAAAUAAUAUCAACAACAGUGACGUUAAGAGAGGCUUCCUAGUCAAAGAUCUUGCUAACUAUGGAAGAAUAAUCUCUUUCGGCAAGCCAGCCUCAGUUUUACAUUCUUCAAAGCUUCCCACUGCUGAUUCAAAGGAAUUUUCGCGAACGAGUACUUCCGAAAAUUUCAAUAACUUUUCGUGUGGAGAGGCAUGGACUGAAUAUGAUGAGAUGAGCAGGCAAAGCAUCCAAAAUGUUGCAGCAGAUAAAGCUUACACAACUACAACUCUUCUUGAUCUGCUUCGGUUUGUAGCACCGAAAAUGAUGAGACGAGCCGAAGCUCAUUUUUCACAUGGAAUAGCUGAAAAUCUUGAUGACCCUAAAUACAACCAUUACAAAUACUGGUCUAAUCCACUUGAAACGAAAUUAUCUGAUGCUCCGGACAUGGAGAUAUAUUGCAUGUAUGGUGUCGGAAUUCCGACUGAACGAUCAUACGUGUACAAGCUAUCACCUAACAGUAGGUGCAAAAGCAUUCCAUACCAGAUUGAUAACUCAGUCCACGGAGAAGAUGGUAGCUGCUUGAAAGGUGGAGUCUAUUUCGCAGACGGGGACGAGAGUGUACCGGUUCUAAGUGCCGGCUUCAUGUGUGCGAAAGGUUGGAGAGGACGAACCCGGUUCAAUCCAUCUGGUAUUGCCACAUACAUCAGGGAGUACCGGCACAAGCCGCCAACUAGUCUGAUGGAAGGGAGGGGGAUCGAGAGUGGGUCACACGUCGACAUCAUGGGAAAUUUCGCUCUGAUCGAAGACAUAAUGCGUGUUGCAGCUGGUGCCACCGGGGACGAGAUAGGAGGCGAUCAGAUUCACUCCGACAUCAUAAAGAUGUCGGAAAGAAUUAACCUUGGGCUAUGAUGAGAGUAAGAAAAAAUGAGGAGUGCCUAACAAGUAGUAACCAACAAAAUGGAGUAAAACUAACAUGGGGAAAUAAAGGAUGAGCUGAAAAAAGGCAACCCAGAUAAAAGGGUGGGUUGAUGAGGUAGAGAAAUUCGUAACGUAUGGUGGUGAUUUUGAGAGAAAGGUGCAUAAAAUGGGGUAUUCAAUUUUCUUGUAAUGUUGUAAUUUUCCGACUUGUUUCCCCUGUAAUCAAAUAAUAAGUGUUCUACUUA